AUGUUUGAAUGGACUGCAAGGAUAAACCUUGUCAAAAGUGUGGCUGACGCUUUAUCCUAUAUGCACCACGAUUGCUUGCCUCCAAUUGUUCAUCGAGACAUAUCAAGCAAGAACAUCUUGCUGGAUUUAGAGCAUGUUGCUUACAUCUCUGAUUUUGGCACAGCUAGAAUCAUGAAGUCUGACUCUUCCAAUUGGACUUACAUUUGCAGGCACAUUUGGAUACACUACUCCAGCUUCGGAGUGUUAGCUUUAGAAGUGAUCAUGGGAAGGCGUCCAGGAGAUCUCCUGAUCUUCGUUCUCUCCUAG